UGAACGCGACAUCACCUUUGUAAGAGACGAUCAUUAAAGUCAGAAAUAGAGGCGAGCAAUGGAACCUACGGUGGCUAUACGUGGAAAGGGAAUGGGAGCGAUAUAAGCCGGAUACUGAAGAUACCAUGGGGGAGUGAUCGGGGUUGUAGUUGGUGGCUGGUUCGCCACCAAGAGGUAGAAGCGCCGCGACUCCCAGGCUGACCGGGAGCUCGAGAAUAUUACGUGGAGCAGACUACAAUAUAUGAUGAAUAACCCGACAUAAGUAUAACAUGGGGGCGAAAAAAAAAGAAGAAGAAAAACCGGGAACAGAAACAACAAAGUUCGACGUAUCUAGGCAGGAAAAAAUACGAGCUCGAUGGGGAUGGCGGGAGGGCACGAGAAAAAUACCCUGGAACGAAGGAGGGCGACCGACCGACACCCACCUCCUAACCUGCCUCCCAGUUUCUAAGAUGGCUCGUGCGCAGCAUGUGACGCAGAGGAGCAAAGCAUCUCCGGCAUGAGGUAAUCCUACUACUUCAGUAUUUGAGAAGCCAGCUACGCACGAGCGAGAUAGGACUUGUCGCGACACGUCGGAUCGGCGUGUGCGUCAGACACGCAGACCGACCCUCCCGAUUCGACUUGUGGAAAGAUAGUUUAAAACCGAUGAAACAGCACCGAUCCGCGGUCAAACAGUCAAAGAGACGCGAUUCGAAGCCUAACACCGGACAGGCAAAUAUAUAAUUAAGCUGCAAUGUCACUAAAGGGUAUAAGUCUGCAAGCAAAAGGCGUACCAGCAUCAUUGUACAUCUUGCGAAACGCCUGCCUAUAAUAGUACGGGGAGUGCAAGAUAUACAGCGGUACACACUGACGCAAACAGGACACCCUGGCGCGUGCUUCAAACGCGGGGAUGAGCUCGCUAAACGCGAGGUGCGGACGGGCGGCGUGAGAGCAAAGCCUUGGCCAUGGUUGGGCUGCCCAAGGUGCCUGGAAUGAGAGAGGGCGCGCCGGAAGACGGGACCCGAGCUAUCCGCGAUCAAGUAUGCGUUCACGACCGACGAGUUCGGGUCUGUAUAUCCUGCAUCUGUAGGGAGGACAGGGGCGAUAUGGGGAAAAGUCGGGAGAAGGAAUAGAGACGGAGAUCACCAUUACAAAGUCGGGAGAGUGUUAAAGCAGCUCUGCGGACGCGGGGAUCCUUGGUGCG